CACAUCUGUUCAUUGUAAACAAACUCUAUCCCCGUGCCGAAUGUGUUGAAUAACUCGCAAACUUUUUCCGAAAUUAUAGUGAAAAUUCUCGUCAAGUGAUGGAUUUUGAACUAAGAAAUCUGAAAGACUUCCUCACCCUCUACAACCAAGUGACGGAACUGUGCUUCAAGUCCUGCGUGGACAACCUGUUCGGGCGGGAACUGAGCGGAGACGAGAUCCGAUGCACCGACAACUGCGUCGGCAAGUUCUCCAGCGUCAACCAACGGCUGAUGCAGGUCUACGUGGGCGUUCAGAGCGACAUCAACCAGCGGAGAAUGGUGGAAUUCGAUGCCCAGCAAGCGAAAUUGUUGGAAGCGCAGAAACAGUCGGAAACGGCGCCAAUUGAACCAGUCAAGACGGAUUCCGGUGCGACGACGAUAUCGACUGGUGGAACCGAGUCUGCCAACACCACGGUGGACAGUGGGAAAGUUGAGACGGUAGCAAAUUAAGGGGGUGUGGUUCUGAAUUAAAAUUUAAGCGUUAGGUUGAUUGUAUAGUGGUUCGAUUAGUAGCAAUGAAUAAAGUUUGUUUCGUCGUACUGAUAGGAAUUCCGGGUGCCGGAAAGACUACCUUUUGCGAAAGAUUCCAGCAAAUAAUGUUAGAAAAAUAUUCUAUGGUUAAAGUGGUUCACGUUUGUUUCGAUAAAUUUAUAAGAAUAGGCGAUAAUCUAGAUUUGGAAACAGGUCACAUGAAGAAAAAACGGAAGCAGCUUCUAAGAAUAUUGGAGAAAGUCGUCGAAGGAAUCAAGUUGAAAAAUCGAAUCGAGAUUGAAGAAGCAAACGAUGAGUUAACUCGAGAAUUCAACGAGAAUAUCCACCUUGAUUUAGACCAUAAAGAAAAGAUUUACAGCCUUUUUCUAGACGACAACAUGUAUUAUAGAAGCAUGCGGUAUGAAAUUCUUGCUCUAGCUCGGAAGCAUCGAACAGGAUUCCUACAGUUGCAUUUCAAUGUUUCCCUAAUGGAGGCCAAAGCUAGAAACAGCGAGAGAUCGAACCCAAUCCCCGAAGAUACCAUGUCACGAAUGUGGAUCAAACUUGAAAAGCCGAAUGGGCACUUCUACAGGUGGGAAAAGAACACCGUCGAUUUGCUGGGAAACAACAAUUUAGAUGACUUGGAAACGGUAGAGCAAAGGAUCAUACAGUGCACCAACAGCCCGGAAUGUCCAAUCGAACAGAACGAAGUUAGGGAACCAGUAGAACAGUCAACUAUCCAUAAAGUAGACUUACUCCUGAGAAAAGCAGUCAGUGAUGUCAUUAAGCAUCAAAAGGCGUUAUUGAAUGGUGCUGAUUUGAAGCUAUUUACCAAGCAACUCGUGUGUAAGAGAAAAGCGAUUUUAAAUGAUUUGAAGCUGGGUUUGAUCGAUGUUGACCCACAAUGUGCUACAAAAGAACAGAUUGAGUUGUUGUUUUGAAGAAAUUUCUUUUAAAUAAAUAUGUUAGAUACAAAAACAAA